AUGAGCAGCGUAACGCGCAGAGACGCCACGCGCAGCGGCGCAGACGAGGAAACGCCGCUUCUCGGCCGAAAUGGACCAGCCGGCGGAAAAUCGGACAGCAAGGGGACUAUGCAGCGGCUCAAACGGCACAUGAAUGCCGAUGUUACGAAGAACUGGGCAGAUCUUGUUUUGCUGUAUUGCUACAUUGUUACGGGGCUACUGGAUAGCUCGGCUGUCUUCAUAUGGGGCUCUUUCGUGAGCAUGCAGACGGGUAACACCGUGUAUCUUGGCUUGGGCAUUGUCGCACCUUCUGAGGGCAUCCGUUGGAUCAAGGCAUUGACGUCCAUUGUCGCGUUCUGUGCUGGCUCAUUCUGCUUCGCGCGCUUUCAUCGCUACUUCUCACCUGCCAAGAGAUGGGUGCUCAUAGUAUCCUACAUGUUCCAGACGCUACUCAUUGCUGUCGCUGCAUUGAUCGCUACUGUCGGGAAAGACACCAAGGAAGGUCUUCAUUGGCAAAUGAUUGUUCCACUCGCUUCGGUCGCUUUCCAAUCCAGUGGCCAGGCAGUCACGUCGCGCGCCCUGAAGUACAACGGCCUGACCAGUGUCGUGCUUACGAGCAACUACUGCGAUCUCUUUUCUGACCCUCAGCUGUUCAAGAUUUCGAAUGUGGAGCGCAACAGGAGGAUCGCUGCACCCGCGAUGCUGCUGUUGGGAGCCUGCAUCGGCGGAUUGUACGCGCACAGCAGUGUAGGUCUCGCAGGUGCCUUAUGGACUGCUUGUGGCCUGAAGCUCCUGGCUGUCUUCGCGUGGGUCUUUUGGAAGUCGGAGGUCAUUGUGGAAGAAUGA